AUGAGUUUAUUUUUGCCAAAAUUGAGCUGUAAAAAAGAAAUAGACGACGUAAUCAAGAGAGUGGCAGAAAAGGUGGUUGUUUUAAGGUUUGGGAGGGAUGAAGACUCUGUCUGUCUUCAAAUAGAUGAAAUUCUCUCAAAAACUGCACACGACUUGAGUAAUAUGGCGUCUAUCUACAUCAUUGAUGUGGAUAAAGCUCCUAUUUACACCAGAUACUUUGACAUCAGUUACAUCCCGUCAACUGUGUUCUUUUUCAAUGGUCAACACAUGAAAGUGGACUAUGGGUCACCAGAUCACACCAAGUUUGUUGGCAGCUUCAAAACCAAGCAGGAUUUCAUGGAUCUUAUUGAGGUCAUAUACAGAGGCGCCAUGCGGGGGAAAAUGAUUGUCCAGAGUCCCAUCGACCCUAAAAACAUCCCGAAAUAUGACCUUCUAUAUCAUGGGAUUUAA